AUGGUCUACGGCUCGCUCUAUCGUCCACGGCAGCCGCCGACGCGACCAAGCGAGACGACGGUCCGCAGUGAGUCGCAGCACACGUCAUCACAGGACGUACCACACUGGUCCACUAACUCGACCGCGAGUGCCGCCAGCGUCGCCCCGGAAGCGUACCUCACAUUUACCGACCAACAACAGGACGCUUUAGUGCACGACGCACGAGCCAAUGCCGCAGCGUUAUUGGUGGACGCGGUAGCGGACGCGGACAAGUGGCAGUUCGUGACUACGCGUGGUCCACUCAAUGUUUACGAAUUACGAGCGGACGCCAUGCAUCGCGUGUCCAGCAUGAUGCCAGCGGACGCGUCCCGUCUGCCCCACAACAUGCACACCAUGCUCGCCACCACGCGCGUGCGGGCGACGCUGGACGAUUUCAUGCGGCUCAUGGCGUCUGCUAAGCGGGACACGUUCCAGAACGUCCAGGCCGCGCUGUUCCAAGAGCGCGUGCAAUUAGCGGACGUGUUUACGAGUUUCGGGAGUCUCCCGAGUGGACGGAGCGGACGGAGCGGACGGAGCUCGUCCACUUCGUCCACCGGGAGCUCCAGUGCUGCUCGAUCACCUCGUCCAGGCACAGAGACGGAGCAAUACGCCAUCAAGUACGUGUCCAUUAAAGGCCGGAACAACCGCUCGCACUCGGGGGCCGCGUUAAGUGCGACGUCAGCGUCCACGUCGCUCAAAUUUGGCGGCAAGAAUCGCCAUCGGGAGCGACAGGCAGCUCGGCUCCAUCACCAUCACCAUCACCAUCAUCAGGGCAAGAAAAAGGGACUCAAGGGAUCGGCAGACAGUGCACAGGAGGAACAAGGACUGACGCUGUGUCUGGCCGAGUACGCGACGAUCCGUCGCGCGCGGCUGCGGGGCCCCAUGGCCCAUAACCAAGCACAGGACUUUGACGAUCCUCGUGUGGGGAUCAUUUCGCAGCACUCGAUCGAAGAUCCCGCGGUGACGCGGUAUUGCAAACCCAUUAUGACGUCUGCAAGUGCUGGCAGCAGCUCGACGACCACGUCCAAGUCAACGUCGACGUCGUCGUCGACGUCGACGUCGUCGUCGUCGUCGUCGUCUUCGCAAGCAGCUGCUGCUGACUUUGCAUUGACCGCAAGAGCUUUGAUGCAGUUUUCUGGUCUGGUUGUGUACCCCGUGGCGUCGUCCGUAGCUGGGGAUAAUGCUCUCGAAGUACUGAUCAAGCUCAGCUGCUACGAUGCAAAUGGCGUCACGAGCACGCGACGACAGAACAUGUUGGCGUACUUGACGGCGUUUCAGCAACUGGAUACCGCGCUGUUGGUCAUGCGACUGCGCGAGUCGCCGUACUUGACGUCGGAGAACUGGGUCAAGUCUCGCAAAAGCUGCUGUGUGUGUCAAGGCAAGUUCUCCAUGUCCCGUCGGAAGCACCACUGUCGUCUCUGCGGUGACGUCGCGUGCUCCAAGUGCUCAGAGGUGCAUCAGAUCAAACUGGGCAAGGCAGGCAAGUGUCCUUUCCGAAUCUGCGUCAACUGCGUGCAUGGAAUGGAUGACAGUCAGCGAUUGAGCAAGGAUCGGACGACUGCGCAGGUUCAGAAUCCAGGUCAACCGCCCAGGACACCAGUGAACAGCAUCAAGGCUCUGCGUCGUCGACUUGGGAGUGGCAAUGUACUACGGAACCCGGAGGAUGAUGAUGAGUACAGUCGAGCGCUGCUGACGAGCUCGAAUAGUGGCGAUGGCUCGGACGUAUAUGGUUCGCGAAGUCUGCUGUCAUCUCACACGUCGGGAAGCGAAGACCGGACGUUGUAUAGUAUGUCGGAAGGCACAACGAACAGCUUCAGCAGUAGUCAUGGCCUCGGUGGUUUUAGCAAAAGCGGCAGCUCCAAGACGCUGAGCAUUCGUGGCAGCAGUCUCGGUGGCAGCUUCUACAAGCCGAGCAAUGCAAGCAACGCGACAACUGUGAGUAGUUCUCGAGGCAGUCGCUUUGAUUACGAGAGCGAGAAUGACGUUGAAGGGAAUGACGGUGGCGGCAAAGACGUGGAUAGCGACACGGAGAAAGCGACGGAAGAGAUUCGACGUCCGUCUCGAGAAGUAGAGAAGGAACCUGAAGUGGACAUGAGCAUGGAUCUUGACUCGAUUGAGGCAAUUGAAGUGGAAUCUGACUGCUCGUCGACACCAUCUUCACCUAGCAGUGUCGUAAUGCAGAGCGAUCAGUUCUAUAAGCGGUUUUCCGAAGUGUCGCUGAUGGAUUUCCACGACUCGGAGUUUGACUUGUCCAUCAAGGGCGGUCUUCCUAGUAGCAGAGGUGGUCGGUUGACGAACAAGUCUGUGCUGGAGAGUUUUGAUUUCGACGACUCCGAGGCUGACGCUGAUUCGGACCGAGAAGACCUGGAUGGUAUCGGCGAAGAGGAGAACGAAGACGACGACGACGACGACGACGAAGAGGAUAUCUGUGACUUUGACAUUCGCGAACUGGAUGGGACUGACCAGGAUGAUAGCCAGGAUGAAGACGAAGACGAUGGCAUGGAAUUUCACGACUCGAACGUCGGGAUCGACUUCAAGUUGCAGGAUCUGAACUUGCAGGAUUACCACGGCCUCGACGAUCUUAAAGAGGGCGACGAAGAGUAUGAUGAGGAGAUUUUGGAAGAGAUUCAUACCGACAUGGUGCUCGGCAGGUCAGGUGCAGAUAUAUCCGUAGGCGAAGCGCGUGCUACUCGUCUUGCAGAGUACGGCAUCAUGGACUCGGGCAAGGAGAACAUUUACGAUCUUGUCGCCAAGCAGGCGGCCCAGCACGCGAGCUGUUCGCUGUCUACGAUCAGUUUCGUGGAUGCCCGACGCGAGUUCAUCAAGUCUAGCUUUGGACUGACACAUGAGCUGAGCGAGGUCCCUAUUUCACACUCGCUCACUGCAGAGAUCAUGCGGCGCUUCCCAGCUGCAAAAGCUCCUGCUGCUCACCGUGGAAGCAGUAGCGGUGGAAACGCCGCCGAGGGUGAUGCUGAGGUUGUGAUCGUGCUGGAUGCAAGGCAAGAUACUGUUCUGUCUACUAAUUUAUUCGUCAGUGAGGCACCCAAGUUGCGGUUCAUCAUGGGUGUGCCGUUCCGAGCACGCGAUGGUAUUGUGCUCGGGGCGCUUAUUGUAGCAGACGCUCAGCCUCGCACAUCAGUGACACCGCGGCAGUGCUCGCUACUGAAAGAUCUGGCUGAGCAGGUAAGUGCCUUGCUCGAGGACUUGUGGACACGGAACCAGGAACGCACCAAGUUAGCCGGUUCGCAGCCUGGUCAGAUGCAUGACAAGCUUGCGGACUUGCUCUCGCAGUCGUAUACCACCGGUUUGCAGAUGCAGCAGAACGAGUUGAAGAUCCUGGAGCAAUCGACGUCAACAUCGGUGAGCUCCACGAUGCAUAAACCGCUGUACACGAAGGACUUUCAGCACAUGCAAAGCGUCGAGUUAUGA